UUUUGUAUAAUUUAUAUAUGUAUGCAUAAAUUGCAUUUAAAUUAAGUAUUAUUUUAAUGUAAUUUAUUGAAAUGGCUACAAUUCCAUUGAGUUUAGGAGAAAAAACGUUUAUUCUCCAUGGAGUGGAUGCGGAUCUUAGAAACGAUGGAAGAAGAAGGUGUGAAUAUCGAUCAUUUGAAAUUGAAACUAAUUUGAUGGAACAAACACAUGGUUCCUCAAGAUUGAGAAUAGGAAAUACUGAUGUUCUUGUCAGCGUUAAAGUAGAAAUAGAUUCACCGUAUAUUGAUCAUCCAGAUGAAGGAAAAUUAGAAUUCUUUGUAGAUUGUUCUGCAAAUGCAACACCAGACUUUGAGGGUAAAGGCGGAGAUGAUUUGGCAACAGAAAUAAGUAGAAUUUUAUCUUUAUCUUAUCAGACACCGGCUGCAUUUAAUUUAAGAGAUUUGUGUAUUUUACCAAGUAAAAAAUGUUGGAAAAUGUUUGUUGAUAUUUUGAUAUUACAAUGUGGUGGGAAUCUUUUUGAUGCUGUAGGUUUAGCUGUAAAAGCUGCUUUAUACAAUACAGAAAUACCAAGGGUAACUGCUGCAACUUUUGAUGGUGGAGAAGCCGAAUUACAAAUAUCAGAUGAUCCUUUUGAUUGCAUUAAAUUAAAUAUUACUAACUAUCCAAUUAUUGUCACUUUGUGUAAAAUAGGAGAAAAUUGUAUAAUAGAUCCUACUUCAGAAGAAGAAAUGUGUAGUCCAGUGAGUACAAUUGUAUCUGUAAUGCCAAAUGGUAAUUUUUCAACGAUUGUCAAAAUAGGAUAUGGUAGUAUGCAGGAUACGACGUUAAUUAAAAUGCUCGAGAUGGGUAAAACUGUUGCACUUAAAUUAAAUGAUGCUCUUAUGAAUGCAUUACAAAAAGAAACAGAACUUGGACUAACGAGACCUGUAGUUGGAUUUCUUAGAUAAAAUAUUUUUUUACAUGCACAACUAUAAUUAAUAAAAAAAAAAUACAUCAUG